UCUUUCUUCAUCUCACUCAGCCUAUUUCGGUCAUCUCAAAGUCACUAUUUUGGGAUGUAGAUCCAUCCUUCCACCUUGGCAACCAUAUGAUGGUGUAUAUGAUUGCACGUACAAAACCUGGAGGCUUGCAAUCAGAUCUCCCGACAGGGAGAUGGAGAGGAGAGGAUGCGUAUCCCGGUGCAGCCUCUACUUCUAUGAUUUCACGGGGUUCGUCGGCCCCCCUUUCCCCUCUCUUGGCCAACCCCCCUCCAAAGUUUGCGAAAGAGGAUGGAAGUCAUUAUUCUUCCUGCCUACCCAGGCCAUCCAUCUCAUUAAUCUGCGCCGUUGGCUAUUUGCUGCUUGCACCAACCACUUCCACUCCCAGUCCCAUUUCGUGCGGAAGUCCUGACAAACCCCAACUCGGAUUGCGGGGCAUCAGUUGGUACCGUACUUCCUAGUAACGUUGCAGGACGCGAGCGAAGCGAUUCCUUGACGAUUGUUGCUGGAAGGGGCAAAUACAUGGAAAGCACUGCAUCGCAGCAUCAUCCUCUGCGCUCCACCAGGCGAGAAUAUGCUAGUGCAGCGCAGCGUACGAAUACUCGCACUAGCAAUGGUCGCUUGCCUGCAGGAGUUUGGGCACAUUCACUGGACUUGACAGCUUCACCGAUACUGCAUACUGCACCGAUUCACGACAUCAACAUCGUCAGGUCAGGCCGAGUGAGUGAUGUUGGUUGAACUGCCACGCCAGACUCUAUUGGAUUGACUUCCUUCACCCAUUGGUGGAUGGCCGCCUCACUACCAGUCAUCUGAAGUCUUGGUCUCUGCGCCUCCCCUACACUGCAACCCAUCCCCUGUACCACCAAAACCUUGCAAGGCACUGCGGCGACUGCUGUCAUCAUCAAGAUUAGAGAUCUCCAACUCUAAUCAAUUAUCAGGGCUGGCUUAGUCUACCGCGAGCAUUUCCAGUCUGUAAUUGGGCAGGAUGGGCUGGUCCGAGUCGGUCCUCCUGCGCCUGCAUCCUUACGUCGUAACUGUCUCUCCCUUCCCCGUUGGGCCUUGUAUAGCAGGCCUUGCCGUAGUGGAACCUUAGAAUUGCCAUCUCGCGACAGAAUACUUAUAUCGCGUGGAUUGCCACUUAUUCGUUGCUCAUUUAUCGACCCGUCAACACCACAUCCACUGCCUCUCAAGGUAGCAAACAAAAGGGGCUAAGCGGUAAAGCAAAGCAACUCUGCCUAUCAGGGUUGAGGCAACAAAGAAGAUUUUAUUUUAUAUUUCUUCUGCCUCGACUUCCCCUUCCUCCUUCCGGACUCUUGUUUUUUUUUCACAACAUAACACUUCUUUGCUCCAAUAUCUAAUUGCACUAUACCAAACACUCGCUCAAUCAACACAACCAACAACUUACCACUAUGUGGUCUUUAAUGUUUGCUUUGCUGGCAUUUGCCUCCCAGGUACUCGCUAUCUGGCCGGCGCCAGCCUCCCUGUCGACCGGAGAUACAGCUCUGUGGAUUACUCCAGAUGUCAAAGUUACCUAUAAUGGUGGAAGCGUAUGGUGGUCUCCUUUCUAUGAAAAUCUCUCGAGUGGUUCAACUGAACAAUUUGCCGAUACACAGUCUUCUGCCUACGCUGCCGGAACUGAACAUGGAUUCUCGAGCCGUGACAUCGUUCAAAAGGGCAUCAACCGAGCCAUGGCGACUUUGUUCAAGCAAAGCUUUGUCCCUUGGAAGCUCGUUCCUCGUAAUAAGCUCGCCGACUUUGAGCCCAGCGUCGAGUUGAAAAACUACGUUACUAGCCUUACUAUCACGCAAACUGGUAGCGAUAACAGCUCCAACUUCAAGCCUUUAGCUGGUGAGGUUGAUGAGUCUUACAAUCUUACCCUCAGUGAGAAUGGCACUGCAAUAAUCACCGCCAGCUCAGCCCAGGGAGUUUUAUACGGUCUUCAAACAUUCAUUCAACUAUUCUAUUCACACUCCUCCCGUGAAAAUGGUGGUAUCUACACCAACAUGGCACCCGUCGAGAUCAGUGAUGCUCCCAAAUUCAAGCACCGUGGGUUGAAUAUGGACGUGGCUCGCAAUUGGUUUCCUAAAGAAGAUAUUAUGAGAACCAUUGACGCCAUUUCCUGGAACAAGUUCAACAGACUCCAUAUUCACAUGACCGAUUCUCAAUCGUGGCCUUUGGAUAUCCCAGCCUUCCCGGAACUUUCCACAAAAGGUGCCUUCGCAGAGGGAUUAUCAUACAGCCCUGAUGACUUCCGAGACAUUCAAACCUACGCCAUUGAACGUGGUGUUGAAGUCAUCGUUGAGUUUGAUAUGCCAGGUCACACCACUUCCAUCGCCCUCGCUUUCCCGAACCUUAUUGCAGCUGCCGGGGCAACACCAUGGGAUAAGUACUGCAACGAGCCACCUUGCGGUUCGUUGAAGCUCAAUGAGCCAGCUGUGGGACAAUUUCUCGAAAAAUUAUUCGACGAUAUUUUGCCAAGAGUUUUACCAUACUCUGCUUAUUUCCACACUGGUGGAGACGAGGUCAACGCUAACACAUAUACAUUGGAUGACACUGUCAAGACGAACGAUACAUCGGUCAUUGGUCCUCUCAUCCAGAAGCUUGUGGAUCGUAAUCAUGCUCAGAUUAGAGCUGCUGGCCUCACACCUAUUGUGUGGGAGGAGAUGCUCUUGCAAUGGAACCUCACACUUGGCGAGGACGUCGUUGUACAGACAUGGCAGAGUGAUGAGAAUGUUGCUUUGGUCACAGCUCAGGGCCACAAGGUAUUGGCGGGUAAUUACAACCUUUGGGUAAGUGUUUCAUAUUCCUUGGAUUGAGCCACACUAACAAUCCCAGUACCUUGACUGCGGAAAAGGUCAAUGGCUCAAUUUCAACGAGGGAGCCUCAUUCGCUCAGUACUAUCCAUUCCCAGAUUACUGCUCACCCACUAAGAACUGGCGCCUGGUUUACUCUUACGACCCCCUCGCCGGUGUACCAGCCAAUCAAACCCACUUGGUCUUAGGAGGUGAAGUGCACAUCUGGGCUGAACAAACCGACCCGGUCAACCUCGACGACAUGGUAUGGCCACGAGCAAGCGCUGCUGGCGAGGUCUUGUGGUCCGGACGUAAAGAUGCGGCUGGGCUCAAUCGAACACAAAUCGACGCCGCUCCCAGAUUGGCCGAGAUGAGAGAGCGAAUGGUUGCUCGAGGUAUCGGCGCCGGACCUGUACAGAUGGUCCACUGCACUCAACAUAAUGCUACUGAGUGUGCGCUGUGAAAAGCUGUUUCCUGAAAAUUCCUUUCUUUGGGUGGCGACCUGUUGGAGGUCUCUCAUCAUUUGGCAUAGGCGUGGCGUUGUUCAUCAUUCAUUCUUUGGAUGUGGAGUUGGGGUCUGUUUUUCCUCUGUAUUCGAAUGAGACCGAUUAGAGAUCUUUAAUUGGGGUAUCUAGAAUUGUGAACCUCCUUUUGGACUUUUGGUCCUGCCAUGGGCGUUCAUAAUGCGUGACGAGAUCUGGAUUGUGUGGUUGGUUACAAUUACAAAGAUCAGAAAUAAAAAUCCCAAAAGAAAAGAUACAACAGCAUCAAUUCAUC